ACUUGAUACUGCUGCAGCGGCUGUCUAUAGUGCUGUUUUCGGCUGUCACCACACAACACAAAGUAGAUGGGAUGGAAAGGCUUUUGUCUUUUGUGUCUGUUGUGUUCCUCAGAACCACUCGAUCCUAUCCUUCUUCCUCUUUUACCGCCCAUGCUACUCUCACUUUUUGAAUUCCCACACUCCACCAUCUCUUUUACCUGUUUUUUUCUUCCUCCUUCAUACCCUGAAGUGAAGUAUGCUUAACCGUCUUCAUACCGGUGGCCUCAAACAUUCACAAUGUCUUUUUGAAGCUAUGGUGGGGUUGCGUUAUGGACUUCACUCCCAUCUCUUAUAAAGCACUCCCACUUUAUCCAUCGGCUUUCCAGUUUAGCUCAAGCACCCAGCCAGAUAAGCCUCUGGUUGCAAGUUUCAAUCUUUGAUUUAUUUAUUUAUUUAUUUAAGCCGGCCUUGAUAUUUUCCCAGAAACUAUGGCUUUAAUUUCCCAGAAAUUCAGUUUACCCCCCUCCCCCCCUCGGAAUUCAUAUUACAAGCUGCUGCAAACUAGACCUAGAAUUCAGUGUUUAGCAAGCCGGGAUUCCACCACUUUUCUGUCUGCAUCUGUUAAUGUAAAUGGUAGCCCCUCCAGUGAUGUGCAGUUGAGGUCUGGGGAUGAAGGUCUGGAGGUUUUGUGGGACGAUGGAUAUGGGACUAUAACUGUUAAGGAUUAUUUUGAAUUAGCUAAAGAGAUUAUUAAGGCUGAUGGUGGACCUCCGCGGUGGUUUUCACCAAUCUCCUCUGGUCCUCCUAUCAAACACUCACCCCCACUCUUUUUCUUGCCCGGAGCUGAUGGAACUGGAUUAGGUCUCGCGUUGCACCAAAACGCAUUGGGGAAAGUGUUUGAACUCUGGUGCUUGCAUAUUCCCGUGCACGAUCGAACUCCAUUUGAAGGGUUGAUAAGAGUUAUUGAACAAACUAUAAGGAUGAAGCAUGCUUCAUCUCCCAAUAUGCCUAUUUAUCUAGUGGGAGAUUCAUUUGGAGGAUGCUUAGCACUUGCUAUCGCUGCUCGUAAUCCUAAGAUUGACCUUGUUGUGAUAUUAGCUAACCCAGCAACUUCAUUCGGUCGGUCACAGCUGCAACCAUUGUUUCCUUUGCUGGAAGCAAUUCCCACUAGUCUUCAAUUUACUGUCCCUUAUCUUCUCAGCUUAGUUAUGGGUGAUCCUAUGAAAAUGGCAAUGGUUGGUAUUGAUGCUUCACUUCCUCCUACACGCAUUAUUGAACAACUCUCUGCCAAACUUACAUCUUUGAUCCCCAUUCUUUCUGCUUUAGCUGAUAUCAUACCAAAAGAAACACUAAUGUGGAAGCUGAAGCUGCUCAAGUAUGGAUCUGAAUAUGCCAAUUCCCGUCUCCAUGCGGUCACAGCUGAAGUUCUUGUACUUGCUAGUGGGAAAGACAACAUGCUUCCAAGUGCAAGUGAAGCCGAAAGGCUUGCAAGGUCAUUAAGAAACUGCAAAGUACGAUACUUUAAGAGCAAUGGGCACACCAUCUUGAUGGAAGACCAUGUCAAUUUGUUAACUAUCAUAAAAUGUACAAGUAAAUAUCGGCGUUCAAAGAGCCACGACUUUGUCUUGGACUAUAUCCCACCUAGCAUGUCAGAAUACAAGCAAUCCUUGGAUAUCAAUAGAUUAUAUCGCAAUUUUACAGGUGCUGCGAUGUUUUCCACACUGGAAAAUGGGAAAAUGGUUAGAGGUUUAGAUGGGGUUCCCUACGAAGGCCCGGUGUUAUUUGUUGGUUAUCACAUGCUUAUGGGGUUAGAACUUGUGCCUCUAAUUGAAGAAAUGCUAACAGUAAAAAAGGUAUUACUUCGUGGUUUGGCACAUCCCGCACUGUUUUCACCAUUAGUUGAGAACGAGGGCCUUAACGAGGUGUCUUUCAACGAUUCCAUAAGACUAUAUGGGGGUGUGCCGGUCUCAGCUAGUAACCUCUUUAAGUUGCUUGCAAACAAGUCACAUGUUCUUCUUUACCCCGGAGGUGCUCGUGAGGCCUUACAUAGAAAGGGAGAAGAGUACAAGUUAACUUGGCCGGACCAACCAGAAUUUGUGAGAAUGGCUGCUAGGUUUGGAGCUACAAUUGUGCCGUUUGGUGUUGUUGGAGAAGAUGACAUAGUACAUUUAGUUCUUGAUUAUGAUGAUAUGAUGAAAAUUCCUAUAUUGAGCAACCGAAUAACAAGUUGUAAUGAAAAGGCGGAGAGAAUGGGAUUUACAUUAAGGGGUGAUAUGAAUGGAGAGGUUGCCAAUCAAGCUUUAUAUGUCCCGGGAUUGUUAGCCAAGAUCCCCGGCCGCUUGUACUACUUGUUUGGAAAGCCUGUUUCAACAAAGGGGAGGUGGGAAGUGUUAAAGGACAGGGAAAAGGCAAGAGAAUUGUACAUGGAGAUAAAAUCUGAGGUUCAAAACAGUAUGACCUUUUUACUUAAGAAAAGAGAGGAAGAUCCAUAUAGAAGCAUUGUUGAUAGGACUGCAUAUAGGGCUCUUGCUGCCCCUUAUGAUCAAAUCCCCAGUUUUGAUAUUGAUUGACUGAUUAUUGAAUGUACAAACUAAAUGAACUCACACAUUAGGUGCCUCUCAUCAAGUUUGUAAUUUGUUUCUGGUUAAUUUUAUACCAUGAUGUGUAAUUGUAAUUCAUUUAUGAUGCAUUAUGUAUAUAGUGUUAUUCUCUAAUUAUCUCUUGAUGAUUAUAAGCGGUUAAUUAUUGGACAUUCAUCUCAUUCUAAGAAGGUUGC